GUGUCUGCAGGUUUUCCUGCACCAUGAACCCCCUCUGCGCUCUGUCCUGCUUCAGCCUGCUGCUGGCUGCCGCCACCAGCCAGGCACCCAAACCCUGCAUUGUUCCAGAUCUACUGACUGGUGGUGUUAGUGUGAUGACCGCCAAUGGCUCAAUGAUGACAUCAGGAACGUUGGCUUAUGAUGCUUUCGGACGCAGAAUGCGGGCCAGACACUAUGGCAGCUUUGGCAAUCAUACAUUCGCUGUGGACGAGCUGAUGCUUUACCAGCAGGAGACCAUGUAUGAAAUCAACUGGGGCACCAUGUCUUGUAGGAAGCUGCCGCUGGAUACCUACUUCAUGCCCAUGCAUGUCCCCGCUGAUGCUAAACUGCUUGGCCAGGCAUUCCUUGGCUCCAGUUCCUCUUGGGGAAUGGGUCUGCUGACCAACACCUGGUAUGGACAAUUUCCAAAUAACGAUACAUAUUCAACUGUCUUCACUGAGAUUGGCUGUCUCCCUUUGACUUUCUCCUACUUUUCUCCUAAAUCAGGAUGGACCCUUAUCAGCACCUACAAUUGGGUGAUUGGAUUGUCGAAUCCACUGGAUUUCUUCCCCCCUCCUUUCUGUUACAAUGUAGCAAUGGAGAAAUCUGCGAAGCCGUACACCUUCUUCUCUGCCAUGGAGUCCCUGGCGAUGAAGGCAAAAUCAAUGGCGUGAAAACUAGUACCUUCCCAGAAAAA